AUGAAUGGGAAUGUCGCUAUACUUGAUGCCGGUGCGCAAUAUUGCAAGGUCUGUUUGGUUAUUGAUAGACGAGUGCGUGAGUUAAAUGUUCAUUCAGAAAUCCUGCCCUUGGACAGUUCUUUGGAUGAUAUCUUGGAAAAAGGCUAUAAAGCUAUAAUAAUCUCUGGUGGCCCGGAAUCGGUAGUGGACAGUGAUAAUUUGGCUUUCGACCGUAAAAUACUUGAAGGUCGCUUACCUGUUCUGGGGAUAUGUUAUGGGAUGCAGCUGAUUAAUUAUCUUAGCGGUGGUAAAGUCGACAAAGCUCAUACGCGUAGAGAUGGACAAUCUACAAUCCGUUUGGACACAUCGUCUCCUCUUUUUUGCGGUCUUCAAUCCGAGGAGGUUGUGCUUUUAACCCACGAGGACCGGUGCACGGUUAUCGCUGAGGGUUUUUUAACUAUUGCGGUUCUUGAUGACUAUGUGGUUGCUAUGUCAAAACCCGAACUUAACCUUUAUGGGGUUCAGUUUCAUCCGGAAGUCGACUUAACAGCAAAAGGAAAAGAUAUACUAUCAAAUUUCUUGUUUAAAAUUGCUGGUUUUACGCCAAACUUUCGAGUGGAGGACCGCCUGGAUUCGUGUAUCGAACACCUUCAAAACGUGGUUGGAGAAAGAAAAGUUUUGUUUCUACUCAGUGGAGGUGUUGACUCAACUGUAUGCGCUGCUAUUGCACAGAAGGCUCUCAAACCGGAACAGAUUUGUGCCGUUCAUAUUAACAAUGGCUUCCUGCGGAAAAAUGAAUCUGAGUCGAUAUUGGAAGCCCUAAGCAAACUCGGUCUUAGUGUGAAGUAUGUGAAUGCCUCAUUACGCUUCUACUCUGGUGUGACCACCUAUCAAGUGCCUGUAGACACCUCAGCACUGGCGCCAGCCAGUCUCCUUUGUAAAGCAACUCAAGGAGCGAAUGCUGCUGGAGAGACUGCGGAACAUCCUAGGGCAAUGGAGGUGGACAAUAAUGAAAAUAAUGCCGAUUUGUCUCCUAAGGUCAUUCAUGGAGGAGUUGUGCCCUACCACGAGAUUCGCAACAUUCCCAUCGGUCCUCUCAACUUGCAUGUCGUCAAUCCAGAAGAAAAACGCAAGAUUAUUGGGGACGUCUUUAUUCGAGUGGCUGAAGAGACUUGGCAGGACAUGAAACUGAAUCCAGAGGAGUUCCUCUUUUGUCAAGGAACCCUGCGACCAGAUCUCAUUGAAUCAGCGUCUACAUCUGUCACCAAAAAAGCUGAUUUGAUCAAAACUCACCAUAAUGUUUCGGACCUUGUCAAGAAGCUCAGUCAAGAGGGUCGGGUGAUCGAACCCUUAGCUGAUUUCCAUAAGGAUGAGGUGCGCUCUAUUGGCCGACUGCUUGGUUUACCCGAGGAGGUUGUGGAACGUCAUCCUUUUCCCGGACCCGGUCUAGCUGUUCGUAUUCUUUGUGCCAAUGAGCCAUUUGUAGAACGUGACUUUCCGGAGACCACCAGUCUAAUCAAAAUGAUAGCGGGCUAUUCGGCAAUGUCACAGAAGGCAAAUUACUUCUACUUUCCGCACGCUCUGUUGAGUAAGAUUAAUUCUGCCAUCAAUUCAGACGAGCAGCGAAGGCUUAACGCGAUCACCGCUGGCGGGGCUCUUGCUGCUCAAAUUUUGCCCAUUCGCUCCGUCGGUGUUCAAGGUGACUGCAGGUCCUACAACUACGUUUGCGUCGUUUCGUCAGACAAGGAACCCGACUGGCGUUCUCUCUUCUUCAUAGCUCAAAUCAUUCCCCGCAUAUGUCACAAUAUAAACAGAGUGGUCUUCGCAUUUGGAUCACAGAUAAAGUUCUCGGUGAGCGACGUCACUGUGACCUACCUCCGCGAGCCGGUUAUUGAGACUCUGCGGGAGGUGGACGCGAGGGUGAACGCCGUGUUGUUGCAGGAAGGAUGCAUGCGCCGUGUGGCUCAAAUACCCGUUGUGCUUAUCCCAAUCCACUUUGACCGUGAUCCCGCCAACAUGAUGGCCGCCUCCUCCAUCCUUCGCUCGGUUGUGUUGAGGCCAUUCAUUACCUCCGACUUCAUGACGGGUCUGCCUGCUAUGCCUGGUGUUGACCUACCGCUUCAGGUUGUUGAAAAGAUAGUAAAGGCAGCCGAGGAAGUGGCCGGAAUUUCGCGCGUUCUCUACGACAUGACUGCAAAACCGCCGGCCACGAUUGAGUGGGAGUAG